GCCUUGGCGGCGGUCCCUCGCCGCACACCCCUUCUCCCGCCGGAGCCCGGCCGCCCCCCGGCCUCGGGGAGCUGUUACCUCCGGCCUCGCCGCAUCUCCGCGUCCCGCCGGCCCCCUUCGCCGCGGCGGGUCCCAUCGCGGGUCCUCGGGCCGAGCACGGGCGGUCCCCGGGGUCUGACCGUUUUUAUCUGCGAGGGGCGUCCGCCGUCUUCUUGACGAGCAGUCCUCUGCCCCGGAGCGGCUGCAGGCUCAAAGCUACCCGGACCCUUCGGAAGAAGUGUCCCCCUGCAGUACUAAAAGUUGUAACUUUUGCAAGACUUGUGACACGAACUAGGACAACCAGCAUUUUGAAGAGCCAUCAUAAAUACGGCUGGCUGUAUCUCUGAACGUUGGCGGAUUUACUGGAGACUCUUCCCAAAGCCUGCUUGAAUCAGAACCUGUAAACUUUCCAAAAGCUUCAUAAUGGCAUUCUUAGUAUCCAAAGGAGAUUAUAUUAGAUAUUUCAAACGAUCUUUAUUGCUGGUUUUAGUAUGUGUAAUAGUUCUUGUGUGCACUGAUCAGGACUACUAUAGUUUACUUGGAGUAUCCAAAGAAGCAAGUAGUAGAGAAAUACGACAAGCAUUCAAAAAACUAGCAUUAAAGUUACACCCUGAUAAAAAUCAGAAUGAUCCAAAUGCACAUGAAAAUUUUUUGAAAAUAAAUAGAGCAUAUGAAGUACUUAAAGAUGAAGAUCUACGGAAGAAGUAUGAUAAAUACGGAGAGAAAGGUCUUGAAGAUCAGCAGCAAGGGGGUCGUUAUGAAAGCUGGCACUUUUAUCGCUAUGAUUUUGGUAUUUAUGAUGAUGAUCUUGAAAUUAUAACAUUGGAUAGAGGAGAAUUUGAUGCUGCUGUUAACUCAGGAGAACUGUGGUUUGUGAAUUUUUAUUCUCCUCGAUGCUCCCACUGCCAUGAGUUAGCGCCUACGUGGAGAGAGUUUGCUAAGGAGAUGGAUGGAGUAAUACGCAUUGGAGCUGUCAACUGUGGAGAUAAUAGAAUGCUUUGUCGAAUUAAAGGGAUUAACAGUUAUCCCAGUCUGUAUGUUUUCAAAACUGGAAUGCAACCAGUGAAAUAUUAUGGAGACAGGUCAAAAGAGAGCUUAAAGAACUUUGCCAUGCAAUAUGUUACAAGCACAGUCACUGAGUUAUGGGCAGGAAACUUUGUUAAUGCCAUUGAAACUUCAUUUGCUUCUGGCGUUGGUUGGCUGAUCACCUUCUGUGCUGAACGUGGGGAUUGCUUGAGUUACCAAACACGCCUUAAGCUAGCUGGCAUGUUGGAAGGUCUUGUUAAUGUAGGCUGGAUGGACUGUGGCACCCAGGGUGAGCUUUGUGAUAAUUUAGAUAUCUCAUCUAGUACAACAGCAUACUUUCCACCUGGAGCCACCAUAAAUAACAAAGAGAAAGGAGGUGUUUUGUUUAUCAACUCCUUGGAUGCCAGAGAAAUAUAUCAGGAAGUAAUGCAGCAUCUGCCAGACUUUGAAAUUAUCUCUGCAGCAUCAUUAGAGGACCGUCUGGCUCAUCACCGAUGGCUGCUUUUCUUCCAGUUUGGGGAGAGUGAUAAAGCAAAUGUACAGGAAUUUAAGAAACUUAAAUUUUUACUUAAAGAUGAACAUAUUCAGGUUGGCAAGUUUGACUGUCUUUCCUCUCCAACCAUCUGCAACAAACUAUAUGUCUAUCAGCCUUGUUUAGCAGUCUUCAAGGGAAAAGGAACUGGAGAUUAUGAAAUCCAUCAUGGAAAGAAGAUCUUAUAUGACAUUGUUGGAUUUGCCAAAGAAAGUGUUAACUCUCAUGUUAUCACACUGGGACCUCAGAAUUUUCCUGACAAAGAGAAGGAACCAUGGCUUGUGGAUUUCUUUGCACCGUGGUGUCCUCCUUGUAGAGCUUUGUUACCAGAGCUGAGAAAAGCAUCAAAACAUCUUUAUGGUCAGCUUAAAUUUGGAACACUAGACUGUACUGUCCAUGAAGGGCUUUGCAACAUGCAUAACAUUCGAGCUUAUCCAACAACAGUUGUGUUCAAUCAGUCUGAUAUUCAUGAAUAUGAAGGACAUCACUCUGCUGAGCAGAUCUUGGAGUUUAUAGAGGAUCUUAGGAACCCAUCGGUGGUCUCCCUAACACCAGAGACAUUUGUUGAAUUAGUUCAGAGAAGAAAACGAGAGGAGAUCUGGAUGGUUGACUUCUACGCUCCGUGGUGUGGACCUUGUCAGGCUUUAAUGCCAGAAUGGAAAAAAAUGGCCAGGAUGUUGAAUGGAUUAAUCAGUGUAGGCAGUGUGGAUUGUCAAAAAUAUUAUUCUUUCUGUCACCAAGAAAGUGUUCGGGGAUAUCCUGAAAUAAGACUCUUUCCUCAAAAAUCAAACACAGUUCAUCAAUAUUAUAGCUACAAUGGGUGGCACAGAGAUUCACAUUCACUGAGAGGCUGGGCGUUGGGAUAUUUACCACAAGUGUCUGUAGACCUGACUCCUCAGAGUUUCACAGAAAAAGUUCUGAAUGGAAAAGAUCACUGGGUCAUUGAUUUUUAUGCUCCUUGGUGUGGACCUUGCCAAAAUUUUGCUCCUGAAUUUGAGAUCCUUGCAAGGACGGUUAAAGGAAAAGUAAAAGCUGGAAAAGUAGACUGUCAGGCAUAUGCUCAGACCUGUCAAACUGCUGAUAUCAGAGCCUACCCUACUGUUAAGUUUUACCCCUACCAAGGAACAAAGAAAAGUGUUCUUGGGGAAUAUAUAGACAGCAGAGACGCAAAAGGUAUUGCUGACCUCUUGAAUGAAAAAUUAGAAGCAAUUCAAAAUAAAGGAAAAAGAAAAAAAUCUAGAAAUAAGGAUGAACUCUAAGUGGUACUGGAGGUAGUUACAAUUCAAAAUAUUCUGAAGCUGUGAAUAUAGAAGACACCAUGAGGAAAAUAUAAGGCUGAUUACAUUCAUGGCAGGACAAAAGAGAUGAAAGCUAGUUUGAGUUCACGGGCAUAUGUGACACUGAAUCCUGUUAAACUGCGGGGAGAUGAAAGCAUUUUGGUUUUGGUGGAGGCAUUCAAUGUUUCUGCAAGUGAAUUCUUCGUGCCCCUCUUCUGAUAUACCAACUACUUUCUUCCUAGUCAAACAUCGGAGUUGACCAGAAACGUGGACUGUAUCACUUUUGCCUACCCAUUUACUAGUUCCUUAUAUUUUUCUGUCUCCUUUCAAACACAUUUUGAAUGUGGCACUCAGCCUAUGGCUGAAUAUGCACUCAAACCACUCUGCAAUGCAGAAACACAAUGAGGGAUUGUCUAUUUCAAAGACAGACAGUUUUACCUGAUGAUUAUUCUGCUUUGGGGUCACAUUAUUGUCUAGUCAAUUGUUAAGAAAUAAAAUCAAGAACUGGUAGCAGGAUAGCUUUAUUGAAUUACAUUGCUCCUGCCCUUGAGUGGAUUACUUACUAUAUUGUGGCACUGGUGGUGGUGCCUGGAUGAACAGAACUUUGAAGAGCUUCUUUAGUUGUGUGGUUUGGGUUUGUGUUUUUUUCUUUUUUAAAUAAGAAAAAAAAAAUCAAGGACUUCAAACUCAGUGUUUCAUUGACUUUCAAAAUUUAAGUUAUGCCAUAGAAGCAUCUGCUUAAGUUAUUAGGUCGUAACUUUAUUAUUGUCUUUUUAAAUAUGAAUGUAUUCUGUGGACAUGUUUAACCUCUUUUGGUAUUACCACUUUUUUCCUUUCUUUACAGACAUGUUGGGGGGGGUUGUUUGUUUUUUAUAUAAUCUUUAGGCAAGCAGGAUAGCAAGUGCCUUUUUUAAUUUAAUAAUGAACACUGUACAUUGCAAUGUCUCCUCAUACAUCUUAAUAGAAUUUCCACUCUUUAGGGUAAUAUUUUUCAUAGCUUCUCAAUAGACAAAAAAAAUUACAGAAGACAACAAAAUGUCUGCUGCAUUUAAGAGUUCAACAUUGAAAUGUUUCAUGUUUUCAAUAAAAUGCUGCUGAGAACUUGUCA